AUGGAGGAUCUUUUCUCUGAUUUGCAGUCCAGUGAGAUUUGGAGUGGUGUUUUACUGGUUGACUACCAGAAUUCGAACCUUGAUGAUCCUUAUACAUUUGAAGAAGCACUGCGAUUUCUUCCUUUCGAGGUUCAGAGGAAAAUACUGAGCAAGCGAAUCUCUACUGCCAGAAAUGCAUCACUAUCCAAUGCCUUAUUACAGACAUUUGGGUGCAGUGUUGCUUCCAGCACAACAAUGAAUGAAUUAUGCCUGAAGUAUGGUACAUUCGGUAAACCCUACCUCGAUAAUGACCAUUCUAUUGCGUUCAGUAUGUCGAACGGCCAGCAGUAUGUCGUUCAAUAUCUCGUAAAAACUGCUGGCGAGACUGUAGACGUUGGGAUUGAUAUUGCAUCCAAACAAGACUACAUUAACGAUCAAGAUAUAGAUGUGUUUCGUGCCAUAUUUUCAACCAUGGAGUACGAACAGUUGGAAUCAUGUAGUCAAUAUAAUGAAAAGCGAGAAUUGUUUUCUUAUUUAUGGUCUUUGAAAGAAUGCUACACAAAGCUAGUAGGCUGUGGACUUAAUUGCGAUUUAUCGCUGAUCGACUUUGGUAAACCUCGAAUUCUGGAAUCACCAGCUGUCAUACACAGAACAAUAAACAAUACGUCGGUUACGUUCUAUUCCCAAUGGUUAGAGCCAGAAAAGGAGGAAGUAGUCACUGUAUGCCAUUAUACAAGCAGCGCCACAGAACGUUUUUUGACAAUGCCCCCAAAAUUUUACAAGUUAACAUUAGAUGAUUUGAUCAAGUACUUUACCUCUCACAUAGAGAAAGAAAAGGAGUGUACCUAG